AUGUCUUCCCCUCACAAUUCUACUCCUGAUAACUCCACACCCGAUAAUGCCACGCCUGACAACUCCACUCCCGAUAACUCCACCCCCGAUAACUCCACCCCCGAUAACUCCACUCCCGAUAACUCCACCCCUGAUAAUUCUACUCCCGAUAACGCCACCCCCGAUAAUUCCACGCCAGAUAAUUCCUCGCAUGAUAACUCUAAUGCGCCACCCCAGAAUUCCCAACCAUCUCCUCAUUCAUCAACGAAAUCUCCAUCACCACCAAACUCCAAUGCCCCACACAAAAGUUCCUCAUCAUCCCCUUCUUCAUUUGCGGAUCAGUCUCCAUCAUUGCCAGAAUCGUCACACAAAUCAUCAAAAGAAAGCUCAAAGUCCAAAAAUGACGAUAGCAACAAAGCAGCAUUAGGAGCCGGGCUUGGUGUAGGAUUUGUUGUUCUUGUUCUAGUUAUUAUUUGUUUUAUUUGGUGCAGGAAGAAGAAACGAAAGCAAAAACAAUACUUUGGAGGAGAACCUUCUCCUGGAAAAGGAAGUAACUAUUACAACAGUGGGCAACACCCUCAAUCCAAUUGGCAAUCAGGUUCAGGCCCUCAUGGAGGGGACCAUGUUGUUAGGGUACACCCAGCUGGUAUGGGAAUGGGUCCUCCUAGUAGUGUUUGGGGAGCACAACAUCCUCUAAUGAACAGCGGUGACAUGAGCUCCAAUUACUCAUCGGGAAUGGGAAUGGGAAUGGGAAUGGGUCCUCCUUCACCGGGCCUUUCCCUCACUCUCAAGGGUGGUACUUUCACAUAUGAGGAAUUGGCAGCUGCCACCAAAGGAUUUGCUAAUGAGCAUAUUGUUGGACAGGGUGGAUUCGGUUAUGUCCAUAAGGGAGUUUUGCCUAAUGGAAAGGAAGUGGCUGUUAAGAGUCUAAAAUCAGGUAGUGGCCAAGGAGAGCGUGAAUUCCAAGCUGAGAUUGAUAUCAUUAGUCGUGUUCAUCAUCGUCAUCUUGUAUCACUUGUUGGAUAUUGUAUUAGUGGUGGCCAAAGAAUGUUGGUCUAUGAAUUUGUUCCCAAUAAAACUUUAGAACAUCACCUUUAUGGAAAGGGUUUGCCUACCAUGGAUUGGCCUACUAGAAUGCGAAUUGCACUAGGAUCUGCUAGAGGACUUGCCUACCUUCACGAAGAUUGUAAUCCUCGCAUCAUUCAUCGUGAUAUUAAAGCUUCUAAUGUCCUCCUUGAUGAUAGCUUUGAAGCAAAGGUGUCAGAUUUUGGACUGGCUAAGUUAACUACUGAUAAUAAUACGCAUGUCUCAACUCGUGUCAUGGGAACAUUCGGGUACUUGGCCCCAGAAUAUGCAUCAAGUGGAAAAUUGACAGAGAAAUCCGAUGUUUUCUCAUUUGGGGUUAUGUUAUUAGAACUCAUAACUGGGAAGCGACCUUUGGAUUUGACAAAUGCCAUGGAUGAAAGCUUAGUGGACUGGGCUCGACCACUCUUAAGUAAAGGGUUGGAGGAAGAUGGCAACUUUGGAGAGUUAGUGGAUCCAUUUUUGGAAGGCAAUUACAAUGCUCAAGAAAUGACAAGAAUGGCAGCUUGUGCUGCUGCAAGCAUUCGUCAUUCUGCUAAGAAGCGUCCAAAAAUGAGUCAGAUUGUAAGAGCAUUGGAAGGAGAUGUCUCAUUAGAAGACUUGAAAGAUGGAAUGAAGCUUGCAACGACGAAUAACAAUGCUUACACCUCUUCAUCUGGGAGCUCAGAAUAUGAUACAAUGCAAUAUAAUGCUGACAUGUUGAAGUUCAGAAAGGCAAUAAUGUCGAGCCAAGAAUUUGGCGACAGCAGUGAGCUUUCUAGUAAGGAGAUGGGUUAUCAUUAG